GGUAACGCCGUCGCCGACAGACUUUUUGUUUGUUGAUAGAAGUGUUUUAAUGCCUGAAUGAAAAGCUGUAGUUUGACGUUUGAAAGGAGCCAUGUUGGGUAAUCCUCAGGGCCCUGAACCUCUGGCUUCAGGAGCAGCAUGGAGGCCCUCCAGCCCUGGGAAGGACAGCAAAUAUCCAGGGAUUCACCAGAGGCAGCGGGGUGGAAAGUACCAGCGACAAACGUCCAGCCAGACAAGCGGUCUCGUAGGGUUGGAAUUGAAGCCAGAGCUGGUCUGGGAGACCUGGGACCUGGGAAGAGAGUUCACCAAGACAAUAGUGUUGAAAAGUACUCAUAGCAAGCUGCAGAAGCUACAUGUCAGGCCUCCAGUGUCCAAGUUUUUCACCACCGUCAUUCCUCAAGUAAUAGUUCUCAGCCCAGGGACGUCUUUAUCCAUGCCAGUCUGCUUUCGACCACUCAAGAGGUGUGAGUAUGAAGACAGCAUUGAGUUUCAAGGUAAAGAUGGCAGCUUCCAGGUAUGUCUCCGGGCCAUCAUUCCCUGCCAUGCCCUGGAGGUGCCUGACUCCGUGCUGCUGCCACUCUGUGCUGUUCAAAACUCCUCCAAUACUGUUUUCAUGCUCAAAAAUGUCAGUAAACUCAAGACAUGCUUCCAGUGGAUGUGCACAGCACCGUUCCAGCUAAGCCCCGAGCAAGGCCUGUUGAGGCCCGGUUACGGGUGUCACAUCACUGUGUCCUUCCGACCACAAGAGGCACUGGUGUACCAGCAACAGGCCUACUGCAGGUUUGGAGAAGAGGGGGACAAGGCAGAGAGCUGCUGCAGUGUGCUGCUGCAGGGACUAGCCAAAUACCCAUGUAUUCAGCUUAGAAAUCCAAGUACCAAGGAUGGAAAAGAAAAGUGUGGUCCAGAGCUUCACUACGGCUCUGUGGCUAUCGGACAAAGUUUGCAGAAACACUUUGACAUCUUCAACCCCUCCCCUGUAACUGCGUCAUUUUCUAUUUCACAACUGUCCAGUGGGGUCCACUUGUUGGAGUCAGAGUUCAGCUGUAGUGUGACCAGGGGUGAGGUGGCACCUGGAGGAUCACUACGGGCUUUAGUCACCUACACUCCAGCUGUGGUGGAUAGUGUCUCUGUGGAGUACUUAUCUGUAAAAUGUAGAGGAGCAUUGAAUGAAACUCUGCUCAAGCUCAUUGGAAACUGUGUAGGUCCCACAGUGACCUUGUCCUCCUCUGUGCUGGACUUUGGCUGUGUUGAGGAAGGAGGAGCAGUCGUACAGACAGUGGAGCUGGUUAAUUAUACGCCUGUUGAGGCUUUCUACCAAUGGGACCUUGACUGUACUGGGAACAGUGUGUUCAGCAUCCAGCCAGCAAGUGGCACUGUAUGCCCGCACAGCGUUACCACACUCAAGGCUGUCUAUAGGCCCACGCAGCCUAUUGCACAUCACAGGAGAGUGUCAUGUAUCAUACUGCACAGGGACCCCAUAUUCCUUGACCUGAUUGGUACCUGUCACUCAGAGCUCCAGAAACCAGUGAUACUGAAACCUGAGCACUUGGUUCUUUACAAUCUCCACUGGUACCGCAAACAGAACCCGCCUGACACUCUCACAGCCAUGCAGCAAGAUAAUAAAGAACCCUUGGACCAACCGGGAGAGCUCUGCCCGGUGGAGGAGCAGUCACACCAGAGACCAGACAAGAGAACUCCCAUGGAGGAAUAUUAUCAGUCCUGCUUGGGUUGCAUGGACCCCCUCUCUUGCAGUCCUUUAUCCUCCCCACAUGUAUCUGUGGUGCCCCGUGAGCUAUUGUUCAACCACAAAAUAUCCUCCUCUUUGUCGACUUCAUCCACUCACUCUCAGCCUGUCUCCAUCACCAACCACACCAGGGGGAAACUCAGCCUGGUGUGGACUGCUGCCCAAGACUCUCCGUUCACUGUCUCUCCCGCUUCAUGUGACCUGGCUCCUCUAAAAUCCACUUCAUUCAGAGUGACCUAUGACCCCAAGCAGCUCAAUACUCUGCACGGAGCGCAACUUGAGUGCUUUGCAUACUAUAAGGACAAUCAUCACAUAGAGGGGCAACUGCUGUGUCCACCCUGGUGUGUGACUGUCAGAGUCAUAGGCCAUUCCUUCCAGCCAGGCAAAGAGAAUUUCAUCCCGUGCUGCUCCUUGAAGCCUCCUCAAGUGGUGUUUCCAGCCUUUAGUGUUCUUUCCUAUCGGACAGUGCUCCUCCAGAAUUCUGGAGACCUGCCCCUCACUUUCUGUCUGGACCACAGCUCAAACCCUGCAUUAGCAGAAUCCGUGUCUGUGGUGCCGAACUGUGGUCUGAUCCAGCCUGGGAAACACCAAAUUCUCACCCUGAGAACAACGCCCACAGAAGACAGUCCCAAAGAGGGAUACAGUUUACACCUUCAGCUCAAUGCAGCUAAACACACAAAGGAACUGAACGUUGUCAGUGUGGUGGAAAAGCUGCGUGUGUCUCUGGAAGGAGACAACAGUUUGUAUUUCCAGCCAACAGCUGUGGGCUCCCGGACGCAGCGCUCCCACCACAUCAGGAGCCUCAGCCGCCUGCCUCUACGAUUCCAAUGGAGCAUUCCAGAGCCAGACCAGGACCUUAUCUCUGUUGAACCAGAUGCUGGUGAACUGCAUCCCAAUGAGAGCUCAGUCCAGAAAUGGUCCUUCAGUCCACUGGAAGAAAAAACAUACACACUCAAACCUACUCUCACCUUCUGGCCGAUCCAGACUCCUGGAUCUAACAAGUCACACCUCACCCUUACAGUGGUGGGGUCAGGCUCUAAAGGAUUCAUAGAGGCAGAGAAAGCAGUUCUGGAUGUGGGAGAGAUUCUGGUUGGAAGCUGUCGGGCAAUUCAGGUCCCUCUGGUGAACAACAGCCCCUGUCCUGUCUCCUUUUGUCUCUCUGUACAGCAGAUACUUCUGGAUGAGGUUCUUAAUUAUGACCCCGGGACUGAGCCAAAUGCCCUAGAGCUGGACUGUGAGAGGGGAACCAUCGUCUCACACUCCAAAUUGCUGCUCCGAUCCACUGUCAGACCACACCGACGAGCCCAGUACCUGUGGACCAUCAGCUACCAGAUGCUCAACGCCAGUGGAUUUGCGUCAUCCCCUCCCGAGGCAGUGUGUGAAGUGCGGGCUAAAGGUGUGUUUCCCACCCUGCAGGUGAUUGAUGUGUGCAGUGGUGGCAGUGUGGGCAGACUCAGCAAGGUGCACCUAUGGAAACUCUUCUCACUGGACAGCCUCAAUGAGCUCAUGCUGUCCAACCCGUCCCCUGCAGAACUCACUUACAGAACCCCUACCAGGCACAGUCUGAGCAGUUGUCCUUCAGUCUUCACCAAAGCCAUGUUGGAUUUCAACUUCAGUGCCACUCCCAUUAAUUCAGAGCCCUCAAUUUUUGUGUUGAUGUUUCACAACCCGGGCUCCAUCCCUGUAAACUGGGCUUUCUUGUUUCCAGCGGACCAACAGAUAGAGUUGGAGUACUGGGCAGAGACUGGGGAGUUUAGCGCCACUGAACUGUACCAGAUGAAGGUUCAAGACAACCAUCUGUUCAGCAUAUCUCCCCGUUCUGGCACUCUGCUCCCUGGCCAGCAGAGGGCAGUACACUUCACCUACAGCCAUGACUUCGCUGGGCCAGAUCGGUUUCCUGUCGUGCUCAAACUUUCUUAUGGUAGAGAGAUCUUGCUGAACUUUCAGGGGAUGACGUUGGAGAGAGACAGGCCCUAUCUCCACUUUGCCUCCAAACAACAUGUGUUCACCUCUGUCACUAUUGGGGACUGUACUCCGCCGAGGCAGGUGUAUGAACUACACAAUUGUGGUGCAGUGCCAGUCCGUUAUGAGGUGGACACGGCUGUGUUGUCACAGCUAAAGGUGGACAACUUUAACCACCCAGUGCUCGUCUGCCUCAAUCCAGAGGGAGAGGUCCUACCUGGGAAGACGGGCAUGGUGGAAUGGAUCUUCUCUCCAUUGGAGGCUAAGAUGUACCAAAUGGAUGUUCCUAUCCAUGUCCAGUUUGGAGACUCCACGCUGGUGAGGUUUGAAGGAUGUGGGUUUGAUUCUCUUCCACUGGACUUCACAAACCCAUUUAACUGCAGCCAUACUAAGCCAUCUGAACCAUGUGUCAAGAGAGUGCCCUUCCCGGGACAGGUGGUAUUUCUGUCAGAGGACAGUGUCUCUCUUGGCAACAUCCCUGUCUGCUCACGAUCUUCAAGAAUCCUCUUCCUAACCAAUGUAUCCCACACAGACUCUGUCAACUAUAUAUGGGACAAGCAGAGCUAUCAGCAGGUGGUGCAGAUCCAUCCAGAACGAGGACGUCUUAGUCCAGGAGAGAGUUCCCUUUGUGUCCUUACCUUCACUUCUACUGACUACCCCACUUGUUAUCAGCUCGAUGUCAUCUGCAAGGUUAUCCAGGAAGCUGCAAUAACUCGGUAUCGUGAUGCGUUGCAGCUUCGGGAGAAAGAGAAAGAGAGACGGCGAGAUGAAUUCACUAUCACGGAUAAAAAUCUUACAGAAAGCCAAGGAGUUCUGAUAGAUAAGGAAGCUGUAGCAGCUCCAGUAAGAAAAGGGCCACCACUCAGGAAAUACAAGACUCUUCCUCCCAUCUGUAGCAGUGGUAGCUGUGAAACAGUGGGCACGAUAUGUACCAAGAUAACGCGAGCUGAGCGGCGGGCCCAGCGAGAAACAGCAAAAGCACUGAGGCGCCCUGAACCCCCCCAACCUGCUCUGCUGCAUCUCGGGGUUACAGCACACUCUCACGGGCUUCCGGAGUACCUUCCACACCUCUUUGACCAGUCCAAUGAGCACUAUAGAUGCUUCCAGUCGGUCAAGCCCCAGCGACCUGAAGGCACUUCUUUAAGGACUUCCUUUCCUGCUGGGCUGCCCUCAACGACACAUGGCCCUGAGAGAGAGAUCACCAUGCAUGUGCUCACCUCUCUGCUCAGUGGCAUACUAGAUGAUCCAGUCUUCACCCAGUCUCUGACUACUUUGCCAUCUAAGCCCAUCCCCUACCAGAUUCAAGAAACUAGUUCCUCCCACUGCUCCUCAUCUCCAUCUCCAUCCUCCCUCCCUCCUCCUGACUGCACCACAUCUUCUCACCUUACACCCAAACCUCAGAAUCUGUCGAGUGGGACAACGGAACAGAAAGAACAGCACAACACAGUGGACAAAGAGGGAACUGCAGGAUAUUCGAGUAACAAGCCCCAAACACAAAACACACCACACACACAGCAUGUUCCUGCUGACAUGAAUGAAGAUGUUUUGCUGAACACCCUCCAGAACCUGAUGAUGGAAGCUGUCAGAGGAGAGCUGGUCCUCACAGCACACCCCCGCACUGUUAUCUUGCCACCUGUUUUUACCAGAACCAGGAAGAUGUCCAAAGCCAUGGCCGAAGAGGAGAGGGAAAUCUUGAGGAACAAAAAGGACACAGCAGGGACUCACCAUUUACCAAACGUCCCAAAAGUCCCAACUGCUUAA